AUGCCGCCUCCCAUCGAUCCGGAAACCAUUUACACCAAGCAAACUUGCAUCGGUGGUGGAAGCUUCGGUAAGGUGUUCAAAGGUCUGGAUAGACGCACCGGAGAAUCAGUGGCUAUCAAAAUUAUUGAUGUCGAGAAUGCCGAGGAUGAUGUCGACGAUAUCAUCAAGGAGAUUGCCAUCUUGUCUGAGCUGAAGUCGCCCUAUGUCACCAAGUACCACGGCUCAUACUUGAAGGGGUCCAACCUGUGGAUCAUCAUGGAAUUCUGCGCUGGUGGUAGCUGCCACGGUCUCUUGCGACCUGGUGUGAUCCAUGAGGAGUACAUUGCCAUUAUCCUGAGGGAGCUUCUGCGCGGGCUGGACUAUCUCCAUAGUGACCAGAAGCUGCACCGAGACAUCAAAGCUGCCAACAUCCUUCUCAGCGCGAGUGGUCAAGUCAAGUUGGCGGACUUCGGCGUGUCAGGACAACUGUCGGCAACGAUGACCAAGAAAAAUACCUUUGUAGGCACUCCGUUCUGGAUGGCCCCAGAAGUCAUCAAGCAAUCUGGAUAUGAUUACAAGGCCGAUAUUUGGUCCUUGGGCAUCACGGCGAUCGAACUGGCCUGUGGUGAUCCUCCUUAUGCCGACAUUCACCCGAUGAAAGUGCUGUUCUUGAUUCCCAAGAACCCGCCCCCAACAUUGGUAGGCGAUUUUAGUAAGCCUUUCAAGCAGUUUGUUGAACUAUGCUUGCGCCGAGACCCUAAGGAGCGGCCAUCAGCCAAGGAGCUUCUGGAGCAUCCGUUUGUGAAGCGUGCCAAAAGAACAACCUACCUGACAGAACUCAUUGAGCGCGCAGAGCGUUGGCAAAUAACUCAUCGGGGUCAAGACGACGACGACGAAUAUGAUGGGUAUGAUGAUAGAGAAGCCGAUCAAACAGCAAAGGACAGAACCCAGGAAAAGGAAGACCUCUGGGAUUUCGGCACUGUUCGUCCUGUGGGAAAAUCACAUGCCCCUCCGUUGCGCCCUACUGUCAAAGGUUCCGACAACAAUGUACGAACAAAUGAGACAGAGGAGUGGGAUCUGUGUGAUGCGGUACCCCGACAAGCCGGAACACCCCAAACCCAGUCACACGCUCAAGUGACAGCAAACCCACCAAACCCUGCUUUCAAUGUUUCUCCCACCAAAACCCCCUUCCUCCCUCUGCACCAUCUUCCCCUCUCAAGCAACGCCCAUCCCAGACUGCACUCCCUUCACGCAAAAUCGCGCCUCCAGCAGCGACUCACUACCCUGGCAAACUUGAUACUACUUCUUCAGCCAAACCUGGCUCCGCGGUUAGUAACCAGGGAACUCCUUCCAAGCAACUCUCCAACAUCCCCCCUCACGACCAAUACCGCACCCCAUCUGGUCAAAUUCUGCACCAGUCAUCUCUACUUUCUCGCGCCAUUGCUGAUUCUCUGGGACAAAAGCCACAGUCUCCUCGUAUUCCUCAAGCUGGUCCCCCUCUGGGACACCAGCCACAGUCCCCGCGCAUCCCUCAAGUCGCUCUUCCAAGACACACAGAGCCACUGCAACACGCAAAGCCAGUUUCCGGACUCAAGUCUAAGCGCGCACCAGCAAACAUGGAUGACCAUGCUUUCCCCCACCGCUCCACCCCUCCCACCCCCCACUUCCAGUGAGCAAAAGCGUUCCACCCGACCUCUCCCUGAGCCUGAGCGAGCAACCGCUUGUGGAACUGUGAUCCUCCCGGCCCUCCGUGCAGCCAUGGACCGCCGCCGCAACCAUCUCGUCCGUCUUGAACCCGGACGCAACCCUAACGACCCCCCGGCUACCCCAGAACAGGAGAAGGAUUUCGACCGCAGUGUCCGCAUCCACCAUGGUCUGGAGAAGGUUGCCGAAGACAUUGCUCGAGCUUUCAACAGCCUCCACCACUGGGAUAUGGAGAGCCCUGUUGAAAUGGGCGGUGGUGUUGAUGCUGUUCUCGACGCGUUCCUCGAGGAGGUCCUCGUCCGACUGCAGCCCAGUACCGACGCGUAA